AUGCCUCUCGAUCUUCCUGGUUUCUAUUUUGAUGCAGAGCGCAAUCGAUACUUUCCUGUUGGUUCUCAGCGACCGAUCGCACCCAUAGUGGCGGAUCUUCCGACUCUACCAACACCUAUUCAAAGCCUGCCUAUAGCGCCGCGCAGGAGUUUCAGCUCUUUUGGACGAAACACGGCGAGCUUACCAAGCUUUGCGAGCAGGAAACGAAAAGCGCGAACCGUCCUCCAAGCCCGUUUCCCGAGCACACAAAUUGGCCGUCCUGAGCAUUCCAACGUGGAUUCCCCCAUCUCAGCCUUUUGUCUUGGCUCCACCCGACAAUUUCUUGGGGAUACAUCUGGGUGGCUCUGGUCAAGAGAUUUUCAACCAUACCAGGAUGAUUAUGAACUGGAGGCGGCUGCGCCUUGGACAGGCGAUAUUUGUCCAGCACCGAAAUGCGAGAUCUCCACUAUCUGCACGAGCCAAUCACGCUGCGUGGCCGUAUCGUUUGCCCCCAAAACAAAAGUUUGCAUUCAAGAUGAUCCUGACCGGAUGUCUAUAUUGACUUUAUCCAAUGUGUAUGACGUUCGCUGCGCCAGUUUAGAAGGCUCUUCCUUGUCGCUUGGUGCCGCGCGAAACGUCGCAUAUCUCGCCAACUUGGACCACGGAAAUGCUGUCCGUAAUCUCGCAACCGGAAGCGACGUCUUCUCUGUUGCGUCACACGAAUGGUUAAUUUGGUCUGGCACACGAGGCGGGACGGUUCUCCGCUUCGAUACGCGGAUCGCAACGACCAAGCCCGCGUCGAAUAUUGUGACAGAAAGUACAGCACUCUGGUCAUCUUCAGGUGCACGUUCAUCGGCGCAACAAGCGAGCACAACGACGUUCAUUUAUCCCAUUCACGCUGGCACUUCAAGCGGGCUCGUUGUGGGUUAUAUGGAUGGCAGGCUAGGCAUGAUGGACACAAGAUUUCUCCGACCACACUCAGCACCAGUUAUAACAUACUUGGGCCACGUUGGUUCAGUCUCUACCCAAUUAGGCGCAGUUGUCGAUACCUCGGGGCGUUUCCUAUUUGCUGCUGGUGGCGACUGUCGUCUCCGUGCUUGGGCUCUUGACAACGGCGAGCCUGUGUUAGCAGACACGAAUUCUAGGAUUCAAAGUCUAUUUUCAGAUUCCAGGCGCUUCUCCAGUCCAUUCGUCAGCCUUCAGCUAAGGGAGGAUGAAGAUGUAUUACCCGUUUUGUGGGCUGCUGAGAAAGGGGGGUCGAUUUGGCGUUGGCGAUUAGGGGACCACGAGCCAGCAACCUCGCUUGCUGCCGGCCUGAUUAUGGUCUUCCACGAAUGCAACUCAAUCUUACCCACAGCUGCUUCGCGCAGGCCAGGCGACUGGUUUGAAUCCGCUAACGAUCGCGGUGUGCGUUGGAAGAAGGACUGGCGGGUGUACAGCGGAACACUUGCCGAUACCUCGAGGAUUGAAUCGCGCCGUCUUGUCGAACACUUCACCUGA